AUGGCGCCGUCGAAGUCAUCGUUUUUCUGUGACCUUUUCAAGUAUCUUUUCUUGGUUAUAAAUGCAGCUACAAAGGAAGACGGAAGAAAAACGAAAAAAAGAAGAACUGAAAGCGAUACCGAUUGUUCGGGCAGUACAAUGUCAACAGAAAUUUUGUCAGGACAAUCUGAUGGAGACUUGUCGGGAGCAGAAAGCAAAGAAACCCCACAAAGUAUCCCUGAAACAGACAGUGGUGAUGAUAGUGAAGAUGAUGACAGUAUUCCACUGACACAGACUAGCAAAUGCAAGACCAAAUCACUUGAUGAAUAUGAAGAAUCAGAAGAGAAUUUACCACCUGUUCUGGCUGCACAAGUAAUAAUACAAGUAGCUUUUAAUGUUCUUAAUUUUAAAGAGGUGUCAAAAAGACAACUAAUCUCCUAUGUGAAGAAAUUCAAGCUUGACGAAAAUGCAACAAAGCUUGAAAAAAACACAUGUGCUAAGUUACUCGCUCAUUUUUUUCUGAAAGAGGAAAUUAUUAAGGUUGAGUGUYCACUGAGCAGCAUUGAUAGGUCUAAAGUUCAUAAAGUUAAAGUAUUUUAG